UGGCGCGGAAGACAAAGCGUGAUCUUGGGGUUUGUUCAUUGUUGCUGUUCAUGUUUGCCUGCGAUGUAGGUCGUGCAGGGACGACGUACAACUAACUAACUUACUUGACCGCGGACUGUAUAAUUGCACUUAGAUUCUGGAUAUAUUUACAAACAAUUCGUAUUGCGGAACUCUUAUGCAGUGUUGCGGAGGGAAUCCACACCCGUCCUUUAGUCAUGGCGGAGGCUGAACACGAUUACGAGGACUUUCUCCAGGCGUUUGAGAGGCCCACGCAAAUUUAUCGCUACAUGCGGUCUUACCACGAAAAAUCGCCGUGUUUCUUGCAACGCACUCUCAGCUACAUGCGCUAUGGGCGACCGAAACACACCGAGAAAAGAAGGAAGUCGGCUAAACGCUGUCUAAAUGACUUGCGUGAUCACAAAGCUGCCCUGGACCACUCUGUCGUUAGCAGCGACUGCAUACGGAGUGGUGGUCCCCUGGAGCUUAGCUUCUUGCUGUUCUCUGAUGACUGUGUUUCCAAGUCAUCCAGCUCCUUGCCCACAGAAGCUAUAGUAGAAGUAACUCUACGCAAAGAAGGCUUCCGUCGUGCCAAGGAGUCACUGGGUAACUCCAGUGAUGACGUAUCGUUGGGCACGUACACUGUGCCGUGCGAGUGGCGGCGACGUGCCGGCGGUGGCAGCGCGCCAUGCUCCACUGCAUCCAGUACAGGCAGCGCAGCCAGCAUGGAGAGUCUCGUUGUUGUUCCCCUGGGCGUGUUUGGAUUCAGCAUGCUGGGCGGCCUUGGUGUCAAGGAGCAGAAGCUUUUGUUCAAGGUCUACUUUCACACGGAACAAGCUGGUUUUCCAGCUAAUGGUCACCGUCAGAUUACUUACGAGUCCUCCGUAUCCGGCCUGAUGAUGUCUCCGUCACCUUCCCACUCGUGCUCAUCUAGUCCGGCUACGUUUGCUACGGCGAAUGCCUCCUCGCCGCUUGUUGUCACUCAGCCCAGCUCUGUAGGUGAAUCCACCGGCUCUGCAGCCGUGCUUAUGGAUACUUCUCCGCCGGCUAAACGCCACUGCAUCGCUCCACCCUUCUCUUCUCCCAGCCCUGUCAUGAAUGGCCAUCGACACUCGCCAAUUGGUGCAACUGGUGGCACCACACGGCCACCUUCUGCAGUCAUAUUGGUCGCCGCCGGCACUGGCGCCCACCCAGCAUCAUCACCACCAGCAGCAGCGGCGGUGGCAACCAACGCUAGCCACUUGGGUGGCACUGCUGCUGGUGCUGUGGCAGAUGAUCCCGGUCAUAUUGAUGGCAAUAAUGAUGAUGAUGUUGAUGAGGAUGAUGAUGAUGAUGAUGAUGUUGAUUACAACUCCUUUGACAUUAAUAGCUGUGUGAUGUCUGACAGUGACAUUCAAUAUUUGAGGCAGCAACAGCAGCAUCCAGCAGCAUCAGGCGCACCACCACAGCACCUUUUUGAUCCUCGUUUCAUGGCCGCCAUGCACCGCCGCCCUCAAGAUGGUGGUCCCGAAGAAGAAGGGUGUGUUGACUGGAGCCAAUGGAAUGGAGAACUGACACAGAGCAGUGCAGCAUGCAACCGCAAAGUGCAGCCACUUUUGCGCAGGAACCGCGAGUUGCGUGGCUUAGUGCUGGACGACCCGCCCGACAACUCUGGCCUGCCAGAGUUCUCGUACGCUCGCGGUCGCCGCGGAUACACCAAACCUCCUGCAGGUCAUCUUCUUCUGCCACGUCCCACUGUUCCCACGUCAACACCAGCAGCAGCAGCAGCAGCAAAGGUGGUCCACACCGCAACAGCCAAUGGUGGUGGUGCCAGUGCUUCUGCUACUGCCAAUGCUACUGCCACUGCUACCGUCGCUGGUAUUAGUGGAGGCAAGGUGUCUAGUGAGACCCCGGUCAGAACACCUAGUCCCCCUAUCGAACGGCCACACUCUACGCCACCGACCCCGUCCAGUGUUCAUGACAGAGCCUACUUUGUGGAGGUGCUGCUGGCUGAUGAAGACAGACGGUGCCUGCUGGAAGCUGGUCAUUAUGAUAUGACAUUGCAAAGGGAAGACAGCGGUACGACUCCUGCGGUUGACAUGGCCAGGACUGAUGGUGACAGUGGUAUUGGCACACUGUUCCCAUCUCCAGUGUCCAGCCUGGAUGUGCCGGCUGCACCUUCAUGUCCACAGCAUCCUUCUUCGCAACCUUACGGCCAGGCCGUGUGGGAGUCUCUGCCACAAACGCUUCACUCGUUGUCAGCCCUGCAAGGACCCAGCCUGCGCUUUGUUGUCACCUGGCCAGAAGGCAAACCGGAGUUUCUUCAGUCGCGCCCACCUAGGUCAAAUGUCUCCGCUGGUGUGGAAGGAUUACGUUCGGGCAACGCUGCGCAUCCCCCUCUCUCUGUCACCUACAACUUCAUCUAUCGCAACGGCCAGCGCCAGCAGACGGAAACAGCUGACAAACUGACGUGUCCUUGGUGCCGAGUAUUCUGUUUUCAUAUCUACUCACUGUUGAAGCACAUGCAGCUCAAUCAUCCGCGGUUCACUUUCUCUCUGACCCAACGCGGUCAGGCUUACGAGAUUGAUGUUUGCCUAAAUAGCCGAUAUGACGUGUACUAUGACUCUGACUUGCACCCGGCCAGACGCUGGGAUGCUGUUGGCCAGACUUGUAGCCGAGCACCGAAGAAACGCACCUCGUUCACAAAGGCUUUCUAUGGGCGACGUGGCCGCUCUUUCAAGUUUGACCUCAAGGAAUUCCAGCUCCUCGGUGGAGUGGGCAGAGUGUUCUUCCACUGUCGAACAUCACUGCCCGUUGUGCCAUCGGAAGCUGAUGAAGACAGUGAGGACGAUAGCUCUCCACCGGAGUGGAUAUCCACGAAAAUGGCGGAUCUGUUGAACGAGUUUACUGACGUCAACAAUGGGGAAAAGGCUAUGAUGAAACUGUGGAAUGACUAUGUCUUGAAAGAACGAGUGAGUGUGGACUCUGAGAUGCCCUCGGCGUGCCUGUCCUUCACCAAACUCCAUGCCUCCACUAUCCACCGGUUCGACCUGCAGCGCAACUUUCUCCUGCACCUGUCCACGCUGUGCGACUUUGGCCUCAUCAGCCAGGAGUGCCUGCAUCAGUGCUAUGCACAAGUGCGCCUGUCCGGGGCUGACAGUGACGGUGGUGGCGAAUCUGUGCUGACGUGAUUGCAUGCUGACGGUCAACGUAUUCAGACGUGUCGUUUGCUGCCAACACCUUGGUCACCAGUCGGAUGAGGAAUUUUUCUACCUUAGCUGUCGCCGGAGGGCAUUGCUGAUGCCGGAUGCUCUUCGGUGUUCAUGUUUGAAUUUCUUCUAAACAGCCAGGUGGUGAUGUUGGUGGUGGUGGCGGCAGUGGCACAUGCUUAAAGCCUAGGGAAAGUGGGAUGUUGUCUGCAUGACUAUACCAGGGCUGGCAACAAUUCUCUCUCUCUCUCUCUCUCUCUCUCUCUCUCUCUCUCUCUCUCUCUCUCUCUCUCUCUCUCUCAGCCUGAUGCCGAUACUGCUGCUGUGUGUGUAUGUAUGUAUGGCUUUAUGACCUUCUACUUGUACGAUCAUUUAAAAAUUAGUCAAUCACAAGACAGAAUUAGCAUAGAUUCUUCUUUUCCUUUUUUUAUGCGUCCAAAUUGGGACUCCCAACAUGUCAAUGAUUGACUAUUGCUCUUUUUCAUGAUUUUUAUACCGACAUGUGAUGUCACUGGAUCACGACUGAUUGCGUAUUCAUAGAACUCAUGCUAUUGGCCACAUUGCUCUUGUCACACUGCUCAUGGUCACGAAAAAGCGUUUAUUAUAUGUUGUUUGCUAAGUGGUUGCUCCCCUUCUUUCUGUGUACGUUGUCUCUGCUCUCUUCAAGUUGCCUGAUGUUUUUGCUACCUAUGACUGGCUUUCCGUAUCGUUUUCAUUGUCUCUUCUUACUUCUUCUUUUUUUUGUGCUCGCCAGGCCCAAGAUGCCACUUGCAUUCCCCUGUCACAAUAUGCUGGUGUCUUUGAGUUGCUGCUGCUGCUGCUACUCUGCAGUGUGCGUGCGGCCAUUGAAACACACUUUUUAUAAUGACUUUCUUGAUGCAGCCA